GUAAGAACAACUGGUUUAAAUUCUGUAUUAAACAUUUUACUGAGUAAGCACAUGGGAAUUUAAACAGAAACACAAGAGAGAAACAGUGAAGAGAGAAUAAGGGUAAGACUCCGAAAGAAAGAGGGUUGUCUGGUGUCGGGUGUCAUUUCUGGGAUUGGAUCCUCUCAGCUUCAGUAUUGUUUUGGUUCUGUGUGUUGGUGUCUGUCUCCUGCUGCCUCUGCUGUCGUGGAUGCAUGAAAACAUUCAGGUGUUGUUUGACUCUUUCACUAGUGUUCCUGUUUUUAGAAAGUUAUCAUGAGGAGACAGAGAGGAGACAUGGUCCUGCAGGCGCUGCUUCUCAUCCAUGUCCCGGUGGCGUUCCUCUUCACCACAGCAUCAGGUCAGUCUGACAGCAGCAGCAGUGUGGUGGUGGCGGGUUACAAUGUCAGUGGUACUGCUGGCUCCAAGAUAGUGCUGCAGUGUGUGAGUGGUCGCAUGGUCUGGACCAGAGAUGAGGUGAGGGACCGACAGAGGGUGGUCCACUGGGACAUGUUCCGGGCCUCUCCUGACUACGCCAUGGAGAGGGUGGUGGACAUGUUUUCUGCAGGAGACCAGAGGGUCUACAACUCCUACAACAUGGGCAGAGUGGGCCUCACACCCACAGCCUUCAAGGAGGGAAACUUCUCACUGAUCAUCAAAGACGUGACAAUGAACGACAGAGGACUGUACUCGUGUAACCUCCACCAUCUCUACUGCCACUUGUAUGAAACGGUCAGGGUGCAGCUCAACGUCACUAAAUCACGUCGUAAGGAACAGCGUUACUGGGAUGGGCACAAGGUUGUGUAUGUGGUGAUGCUUGGCAGCACGGUGGCGCUGCCGUGCAUAAACCGACGUAAUGUGUGGACAGACUGGAGCAAUGAUGAGGAGGAUCAACAGGUGGUCCACUGGGACAGACAGGCUCCAGGAAUCCAGCAUGACCGCGCGGACCGGCUGGUGGACCUGUACGCCUCGGGAGAGCAGCGCAGCUAUGGGCCGCUGUUCCUGCAGAGAAAGAUGAACAUCAGUAACCAAGCCUUCGCUGAGGGAGACUUCUCACUCACCAUAUCUGAUCUACAGCCCACAGAUGCAGGGAUGUACUCCUGCCAUCUUCACCAUCACUACUGUGGUCUCCAUGAGAGGAGGGAGUUCCAGGUCAAUGUGGAGGCACCGGUCAUCCAGACCACACAUGCGCCCAAAGCACUGCCUGCAGAGGACAAGGACUCCGUCAAGGCUGAGUCACCCAGAGUCAUCAACGUGAUAGUGCCAGACCAGAGACACCACUUUCUCCUGCCGCUGGGAUACGUGCUCACGUGUCUCCUGCUGCUGGCCUUCAUCAUCCUCAUCAUCCUCCUCAUCACUCGCAGACGCAGAGUCAAAGAGUUUCAUCCACAGAGAUCCAUGAGGUCAAGCAGAAGUCACAGCAGCUCAGAUGAGUUUGAGAUGGAUGUAACUGAUGUCAGUGUGUCCAACGAGGAGGAGAGAAGAUUUGACUACAAGAACAACCUGCUGAAAGAGAAAGUUCAUGUGAACUGUCAGCCUAAAGUCAUCGAUCUGGACAAAGAAAUGGAGAAAUUUUCUAAGUGAGACAUAAAAAUCAAAGCUGGAGUCACUGGCUGGUCCAGAGGCUGAGUUCCAAACUAAACACUGUCCUGUGUCCUGGCAUGAGAGUUGAAGAGGAAGAACACAAAGAUUUUUUUUUUUUGCCCUUAUUCCCGCAGUAGAGACUGUAUGUAAAGUGUUUUCUCUUGGUUUUUUAUAUUUUAUUGUGAAACGUAAAGACUGGACUGCAAAGUGGUGCUAUAAUGCCAUCCAGUGGGGAGGUUUUUAAUAGCACAUGAGAAAGAGACGGAUGGAUGGAGAAAGAGACGGGUGUACCACAGUUAAAGGUCCAGUGUGUAGUAACCGUUCAGUCUGAAGGAUGAGGAGGUUAAAUAUAUGGUAUCAUUGAAAAACACAUGCUUUGCAAUAGUCAAUGAAUAUGUGAGAAAGAAGAAAGAAUAAAAAGAUUUACAUGAUGUCACUGA